AUGAAUGAUGAUCUACCUCCUCUUCCAUUAGCUAUUUGGGCUUCUAAACACGAGGCUGAUCCCAAUAUCAUCUUAGAUUUAUGUACCCCUUCUACACGACGUACCAAUCAUUUACGCCCUUCACAGCGUAUUCCUAAAUUUCUUUGUAAACGCGUAUCCUCUAUGAUUUCCCCUGCAUCCUUUAAACGCGCACAGAAAAUUAAGACAAAAUUGUCUUUUACGCGUUUGGUUUUAUCUCCUUCUACAAUACGUUUAUUGGUUUCACCUUUAUCAUGUCCCUCCGAACCUAAAAGUCCCUUCCAAAAUAAACUCCCAGACUCCGCUUUCAUUACUCCCCAAAUUUCAGCUUUAGUGGAUACCGUUGAGUAUGACAAUAACGUUCCUCCUCCGGUCCUUUCUUUAAAUAGUAUACCUGUGGGAAUUUUACCCGCAACUUCUGCUUCAGCCCUCCUUCAUGAUAAUCUUUUAUUAACACAACGUGUUACCUCUCUUGCCCGUUGGUCAUCUUCUCAUCGUAAUAAUAGAUGUACUCGUACCUUUAUCCAAUUUCGAUAUCAUCAAUCUUGCUUUUACCUUGGCCUUUAUUUUGGUUGCCCAUUUUGCAAGACUCCUGCUGCCUAUGUUAUGUCUCAAUUUCGUCAUGCUUGUCAUAUUCAUGACAAAAAACUUGUUCAUACUCCUCCUCCUCCUCCUUCUUCUCCUUUCACUUUACCUUGUAACCAUGUGUCUAAAAGACACGCUGAUGGUUUUUAUAAAGAUGUAACCUGCCGACGCUUAGGACUUUCCUAUCGCAAAUCUUAUGCUUUUCAUCAUGUUCUUAAGGAUGACAGUGGUUCACUUUUAGCACGAACUCUUAUCUCAUACUCCGCUCACAAAUCCAUUUCCCACCCUACGAAGAAACAACUUGCCCGUCAAGCACGCCAUAAAGACCUUUUAUCAGUCCGGAGCAAAUUUUUACGACAUGUUGUUCACCCCGAUCUUCUUAACUCUUCUAUGUGGAUGGCUACUAAGGAUUCUGCUAUAGUCAUUCCUCCUACCUCCUAUUAUUUGACUAUGUCUACUACUGAUUACUCAAUUGUCCAGAAUAUACGUAAUCUUGUAUCGUCGCGUCCUGAUGUUUCUUUCUGUUUGAAAGAACGUUCACCUCAUUCUUCUGUCACGUUCGUGUCUUCUCAAUUUACAGGUUCUAUCCAAAAAGUGGUUUUGAAUCCCUCUUCUGUAGUUGGAAGUCAUUUUAUUAUUGACAAACCCACCUCUGGUCCCUUUGUUGGUCUGAACUGCCCUGUUAUUGAUUAUCAAGAUUUUAAAACUCUUGGCUUUAGUCGUUCCAUUAUUGAUAUGGUCCGAAGGAUACUCUCGAAUAGUGCUUCCGUUUAUGUACCUUCUCAUAAUUUUCUCUGGUUAGUAAUUUCCAAGCACAACACUUCUUCGGUAUCAAAGAAAUAUCUUCAAGAUGCCAUCCAAUCUGUCAUCACCAAAUCGGCCUCCUCUUCGACAUUUUCACAUCUUUGGAAUAGUGAUACACGGUUUUCUUUCAAACUUGGUCGUGUUAAACCUUGUGAUAUCUUGAUGUUAUUGGAUGUUUGUGCACCUUGGUUUGAUUCGCAUCCUUACCCUGCUCCUUUUGAUUUCCAAACACCGUGGGAUUUACCCGCUGAUUUUGUUCAUCCUUCGCAGGGUAUCUCGGCUGCUUCCAAAUUACGUGGCCCAUCUAUAAAUUCUCUUCCUCAUGUCACUUCUUCACAAAUCAACAACUCUUCUUUGGCGACAGUUUCUCAGGAUUCCUGGAUUUCUUGGAUAUCCUCUUCUAUAAUUCGGGGUGGAUCUUUAGCUUGUAUGAGUCGUGAAGCUACUCUUUAUAUUUUUUAUUAG